AUGAAUAGCGUCAUGGCUGAUUGCAGAAAGUAUAGCAAAAAUAAAUACUUUAUGAACCACAAUUCUAAGAAUGGAUAUUUAUUACUUAUAAUAAUAUAUACUAUGGCUCUGAUAUUUGAAUCACAUGGUACCACACUGGGAAUGGAGUUAAAUAAUGCAAACUGCUUAGAUGCAUUGACGUGCACCAAAUGUACAAUUAAAACUCAAUGUGCAUGGUCCUUAGAACAUCAGCUAUGUGUCGACAACACUCAAUUUAACUUGUCAAAUCUGACAAUCUUCAGUAAAGAGAAAUGUCCACGGUUUUCAGUAGUUACAAAAUAUAAGUAUAAUAAUACAAUAAAUCAUUUGGAUUACAUAGUUAAGGUAUCAAACGAUCAUGUAAAUUUCAUGAAUUAUCUUAAAACAAGUAAAAUAUUCUUUUGUAAUUCAACGAAAAUAGAUGUUUAUACAAAAACGAUAACAAGUGACGAGAUUAUAUGUUCAGCAAACAUUUUGACAAUUUAUUUUAAGUCGAAAAGUGUGCAAUCAUUUACUGCAUUUAUUUAUAUUCAGUUUAAUAAAGUCUUGCUGCGCUUGGACAACGUUGCGGAUCACUAUGUAACGUUUUAUGAACACGAAUGUGCCGAGGGCAAGAAGGACGAAAACUGUGCGGCUUGCACGUGGGAAGAUCAUGGCUUCGCACACUACAUUAGAUUGUGUUCGUCGGGAAACUCUUGUGAAGGCCGCAAUGAAUUGUACCUGUUUCACAAUGAUAUUGGAGAAUCUUAUUAUUCUCACACGCGGAAAGUCGAGGAUCAAUGUGCCGAAAUAAAUGUGACAGCCGUCGAUCCACUAUCUGGAACGACGGCCGGUGGCACGACUAUAACUAUUACCGUAAAGAACCACUUGAUAUUUGCGGAUAACCGAACGGUAAUUGUUACGGUGGCCGGAAUGCUUUGUGCGAAGCCCUGGACGUCUGGACCCGAGACAAUCACUUGCUCCACGACACCACCACCCAAAGACACAUAUGAAGUACCAUCCGGUCCGGUCUUGAUUAAGUACACGUCACAUGAACGCGAGUUAAUUAUCGAGUCGUCACAGAUAUUUCAAUAUUACGUUGAUAAUAUUACCGGCGGCGCAUCCCGUCCCGUCAUGAACGGGGGAAUCUAUUAUAUUAUUAUUAUGAUACAAUUUGCGUUUUUUGCAUUUUACACGGAAAUGUUGUAG